UCCCCGCUCAGGGCAUCUGCGGAGCCUGGAGCCGUGGUCCGGCUUGAAGUAUGGCAUGUUGCGAAGAUGGUUUCUGCCAGGAAGGUACCCGCGAUCGCGACGUCCUUCGGAGUCAGUUUCGCUCUCCUGCAGGUGCUGUGCCUGGAGGCUUGUUUAAACGAAUCCCCAGGACAGAACCCAAAGGAAGAGAAAUUAUGCCCGGAAAAUUUUACCCGCAUCCUGGACAGUUUACUGGAUGGUUACGACAACAGGCUGCGUCCUGGAUUUGGGGGUCCUGUUACAGAAGUAAAAACUGACAUAUAUGUCACGAGCUUUGGACCUGUUUCUGAUGUUGAAAUGGAAUACACAAUGGAUGUGUUCUUCAGACAGACAUGGAUUGACAAAAGACUAAAAUAUGAUGGCCCCAUUGAAAUUCUGAGAUUGAACAACAUGAUGGUAACAAAAGUAUGGACCCCUGAUACUUUCUUCAGGAAUGGAAAGAAAUCUGUCUCACAUAAUAUGACAGCCCCAAAUAAACUUUUUAGAAUUAUGAGAAAUGGCACUAUUUUAUACACGAUGAGACUCACCAUAAGUGCGGAGUGUCCCAUGAGACUGGUGGAUUUCCCAAUGGAUGGUCAUGCAUGUCCUUUGAAAUUUGGGAGUUAUGCUUACCCGAAGAGUGAGAUGAUUUAUACCUGGACAAAAGGUCCCGAGAAAUCGGUGGAAGUGCCAAAGGAGUCUUCCAGCUUGGUUCAGUAUGACUUGAUUGGGCAAACCGUAUCAAGUGAAACCAUCAAAUCCAUCACGGGUGAAUAUGUUGUUAUGACGGUAUACUUCCACCUCAGACGGAAGAUGGGUUAUUUUAUGAUUCAGACGUACAUUCCAUGUAUUAUGACAGUGAUUCUUUCGCAAGUUUCCUUCUGGAUAAAUAAGGAAUCAGUUCCAGCUAGGACUGUAUUUGGAAUAACCACAGUCCUCACCAUGACCACGUUGAGCAUCAGUGCCCGGCAUUCUCUGCCCAAAGUGUCCUAUGCCACUGCCAUGGAUUGGUUCAUAGCUGUCUGCUUUGCUUUUGUAUUUUCCGCCCUUAUUGAGUUUGCUGCUGUCAAUUAUUUUACCAAUAUUCAAAUAGAAAAAGCCAAAAAGAAGACAUCGAAAGCUCUUCAGGAAAUUCCAGCUAUUCCAGUGCUCAGAGCAACGCAUCCUGAAGCACCUCUGCAGAACACGAGCGCCAGCCUGAACAUGAGGAAAAGAACAAACGUCUUGGUUCCGCCCGAACCCGACGUCGGCAUCAGAACCGAGGUGGGGACCCCUCCGAGCAGCCCCCCCGCGGCUCCGGACCCCGCCGAGGCCCCGCGGCCGCCCUUGACCACGGGCAACACCGCGGGGGCGCCUGGGAAGCCCGCGGCCCCCGCGCCCCCCUCCGCCCCGCCGCCGUCUGGAUCUGGCACGAGCAAAAUAGACAAAUACGCCCGCAUUCUCUUCCCGGUAACGUUCGGCGCCUUUAACAUGGUCUAUUGGGUUGUCUAUUUAUCGAAGGACACUAUGGAGAAAUCAGAAAGCCUCAAGUAAUUGUUUUUGCUGUAGUCGUUUCCUAAAGUGUGAUGAACCUAACGCCGAAUGUCUUUUUAACUGUUUUUAAAGAUAAGCAAUUGUUCUUUACUAAAAUCAAAAUCCUGUGUAAUUUUUCCAUUAAAAAAAUUCAAGCCAGUUAUUGGGAGAGUUGAUGAAUUCCUCAGUGAAAAGAAAGUGAGCCAAUUUUCAUUGCAGAAAAAUGAUUUAAAUAGAAUCAAUUCAGCAUUCAAAUUAGACAGAAUACAGACCAUCUUGGAAAGUUGGGGCGAGAGAAAUAGGGCUAUUAGAAAUCUGUGGUGCAUAUUUAUUAUGCAUUGGAAUUUGAAAACAGACUAUGACGUUUUUAAUAUACACUAUGAAUAUCAACCAACCACCCUAAAUUUCCCGGUGGCACUGCCCUUAAUCAGAAUUGUCUAUCGGAUAGUAUAUGCGGUGACCUUUGGAGAUCCUCUUACCUAGUAUCUGCGAGAAAAGAACUUUUCCUGUUAAGUGAAACGUUUUUAAAAGGAAAAUGGAACAAAACAAACACUGACCAAUGGAGUGAAACCUCUGCUGCAUCAAAAAGAAAUACAGAGACCAGGGAAAAUGUGUUCCCUGUCAUAUGUUGGCCAAACAGGACUUAAGAGCUGACUUGGAAAUUUGUGCUUUGAGCCAAAGUUUAACUCAUUGUAUUGAUUCUUUUGAUUGUAGUUCAUUAAGUUAUGUAUUCUUUCAACGUAUGUUUUUUCAGAGCCUACCGUGUCCCAGGCACUAUGCUAGACAUUAUCUCUCUAGGAAAGCUCCUUCACCUUUACCUACAAUAUUACAUAAAUAGGACAGUCAAUGCAUGCUAAUGAACCAUAAACUAGCAGAAGCCAUUGCAUUCUUUCAUGGAGAAAAGUUAUUUAGAGUCUGAAAACAUAUUCAAAAUAUUUGUCUCCUACACUGAUAGAGAUAGCAGGUACAUUGUUCACAGAGCCACUUUUGAGAUAAGUACACAUCAGUACAACUUCAGCAAUUGACAUCAAAAUAUAAUGAAAAUGUGGUACAGGUUUUUCUGUAAGUAAAAAGCAUUGUGUGCCUGGAAGUAGAAAUCUGGGCACUGUAAGACCGUAUGGAUUACCUGUCUGAAAUUUGAUCAGGAUCACAUUAUACAAUUUGUUCAGAAUCCCAGAAUCAUCAGAAUUAGGAACUCAAUACAAGGCCUUUUUAGAUGAUUUCCCCCAACAGAAAUCUGGUGAAAUGUAUUAGCUAGUGAAAUGCUAAACUUCCAGGUUUUUGUGUCCAUAGUUCUCUAUUUCUGGGCAGUAUCCUGUUUAUUUGGGGGGAAAAUUGUACAGUUUCAUAACUAAGGUGGGUUUUUAGAAUUAAAAGAGCAGCAGCAAAGGAAUGGAGUACAGAAAAAAUCAUAGCCAAGGGGUAGGAUUCCACUGACUCUGUUAUGCAAUUUAUCAGGAUUUUCAUGUACUGACUUUUCUUUUUCAUUAGGUUGACUUAACAAGUUAAUUGAAUUUCCAGCAGCUAUAUUAUGCUGCUAAAUCUAGGUCCAGUUUUUUUGUUCCAUUGCUUCUGGAUUUUUCUUUUAUACUUCUCUGUCCCUGACCUGGGUUUUGUAAAUGAAUGUGUUCUGCAUGUGUGGGGGAACAUUUUGAAAGAAAUGGCCACCUUGCAAACAAAACCUCUUAUUUUAGGAAAGAAAUUAUAUUAAUUGGCAUUAGUUUUUCAGUUAUUUCAUUGCCUUGGAGUGACUUUGUAUGAGAACUGUAACAUGUGCAAAGGCCAAAUAUUAAUUGUGAGUCAUGUCUGAGAAUUCCUUACUGGUUAUCUCUUUAGGUAUUUCCUAAAAUAACCAACAGUUUUAAGGCUGAAAUAUGCUUUAGAAAUCACCCAAUCCAAACCCCUCAUUUACAAAUUGAGGCCAGUAAUAUGAGGCCUAGUAAAAUUUGUAUAAAUGUAUAUAUUUAAUAAAGAGUAUUUGUACAAAAAACUUAACAAACAUUAUUUCAUGAAUGUGAGUAGCUUUCUAGCCUUGAGGACAAUGCUUGAAAUUGUUGUUGGAAGCUAUGUUUGUUUAUUAUUCUAAUGAAAUGACCUUACUUCUGUGGUGAGAAACAUACUCCUUGCUUAUCUAUUAGCUUGUUCCUAAGAAGUAUUUCAUUGGCUUCCUUUUUUAAAAAAUAAAUUCUCCUAUAAAUUUUACAGAUAGUCAAGGGAUAAAAAUUAAUGAUUUUGGAUUUGUUGGCCAGAGAUCCAAAUGAACUCAAUAUUUUUCUUACUUUUGUAUAGGAAGAUUUUAACUAAAUCAAGUGGCAAAAUAAAGAGAAAAGGCAAAAUUAACCAAGGAUUCUUAAUUGUUAAUUUGAAGAAUAAAUUGACCAGAAAGUCUAAUUAUUAGUACAGAAACGAAUUAUUUCAUUUGCACACAAAAGUAGUAAUAAUGAUGCGUAGUUUGUUUUAUCCCUAACUGAAUUCCAUCAAAUUCAUUCAAGGCUAAUUUUUUAAAUUUGUGGUCAUCAUUUCUAUCUUUCUAAUAACUCAGAGCUACAUUAAAUGUAAUGCUUGUGAGGAACCAGUCGCUUUCACCAUUAGAAAAUCUCAUUAAAGUCACAUGAGAGCCCAAAGUCCUAGCAAUUUGUGAAGAAUAAUAAUUCUGACUGAGAACAGUACCUUUGUAUGUCUCUAUUUUUUAGAUAUAAGAUUCAGAAUUAUUUUUAUUCAAUACCAAUCUCUAUAUUCUAGCUUUCAACUCCAACUUGGACAAUAACUGCUACAUAAUUACUUCUCAUUUCCUCUAGGCAUGGCUAGGUAUACUAAUAUAUUUACAUGAUGAGUGUACAGUUAAAAAUGACUUGCAUUUGUGCAUAUACAAAGUAUAUGAAUAAUGUGUAUUUAAAAUUGGACCUCAUCAAUCUUGAAUUGGAGUAGGCAGAGAGUAGAGUCACCCUCUUUUGCAGAAGGAAAUGAAUCAUAGAGAAUUUAGUGACAAAGAUAAAAGCACAGGGCUGGAAUGAACUUUAAAAGGUCAUUUUUCAAUCACCUUACCUUAGCAGUGACUGUGUUUCAAGCAUUACAUAAAAAAUGUGUGGUUUAUUUUAUCCAUGAAUUGGUAAUUCUCUCUGACCUAGAAAGAAAUCCCUACCCUCCACUCCCCUGUUUCCCAGUGUCCCCUCUUCUAUAUGUGUAAGUAACCUCUAGUGAAAAAGUACUAGGCAGAGAAAUGGAUGACCUGACUUCAAGUUUGGACUCUGUUCUACUCUAUUUUGGUUUUAGAUAAGCCAUUUAAACUCUCUAGGCUUCAUUUCUUAUUUAUAAGAGGAAGGUGAAAUUUAAAAAUAAGAUUUCCUUCAAUUUUAAUAUUCUCUGGUUCUCAUGUAAACUAAAUACAAGCAUAUUCUUGGAAUAGAUACACUCAAUGCUUUGUGCCACAAAUAUAUAUUUAUGAGAGGGGGGCUGAUUUAGUUUCAUUGCUCAAUUACUUUUAGCUCAUGACUUGCCUCAAAUUAAGAUUUCCUUAAGAGAAAUAGUAAUAUCUCUAGAUUAGACAUUGUCUUCCCUGUGGGAGAUUUUAUUCUAUAAAGACUGAAGAAUUUUGACUA